GUCCUUUUUGUUUACAAUUACAAGACUGGUUAAUAUUAGGCAUGGGUACGGUUAAUAUUACAUGUUUAUUAUACAUUUUUAAAAUAUAAACAUAUAAAUACAGUUAUCCUCAUAAAAAAUGUGACCGCCCCUUAUCACUGAUCCUGAACUGUAGCUAUAUUUUAAAAGUGUUUGCGGUAAAAGUUAAAUAAAUUAUUGAUAAAUUAUUUCCUUAGUUUUAAAACUUUCCAUCUACGACCCAAUUUCCGUGUGUACCUUAUUUCAGAUAUUGCUACUGCUAGACCAAGUAAAUGAAACCACUCAUUCUCUUGCAUAUUUUGUGCUGCCUGGGGAAAAUCCAAAAACUUCAGACAUCCACCACACACACUGAUAUUUUUUUAAUAAAUUAUUUUUUUAAGUAAACUAAAGCACCUUAGGGAUGGUAACCCCCCAAAAGAUGCUAACAAACACUUUUUGCAUUUUCCUAAAAUAUAUUAAUAUUUUAAUGUUCCACUCGUCUUUCAACACGCUGUCUCCUGAAUUUUUUAUUUAAAAAAGUUGUUAGCACCUUUCCUUGUAUUGUAUAUAAGUAAAGAAGAUAGUUAUUCAUUUUCAAAUUAAAAUCUAUACCAAAUUUCAAAUUUUAACAUAAUCAGAUUUGGAGAUAUUGGUAUUAAAAUUUACCCCAAUCCAGUUUUCCUUGCCUUUUAAAUGUAAAAACAAAAAAUGGUAAAAUACAUACUUCAAACAUUUAUUUUAAAUGAUCUAUACAUAAUAAUUUCAUUGUAAAAUCAAUUAUACAAUGGCAUGAAGACCCAAGUAAUCUUUUAAAUGUCUAUAGAGCCUAAUAUUAUAGCAAACAAUAAAAAGUAGGAGUAAUAAUUCUCUUCUUGUUUUGUUUCCUUAUCAGAUCCGAUGUGUGAAAACAUCACAAUGAGGCCAAUUGGCACUAUGAGAUCAGUUUUCCACUACAAAAAUGGAACACCCCGUCAGUCUUCAUUGUGUGAAGCUGCUAGAGGAAUUCUUACCAUUGACAAAAAUAUUUUUAAUAAUCCUGAGCAUUCAUUAGAAGGUCUCGAACAGUUUUCACAUGCAUGGUAUGAAUUUUUUACAUGGCCAAUAGAUUAUUUAAAGUUCAGAUUAUAUCUAAUAAAAAUUUAUAUACUGUUGGUAGUUUUAUAUAAUACGCUGAAAAUAAAAAUGUACACAGUAAUAAAAACAAAUUUCCAUUCUUUUGAAUCAAUAAAAGAAACUCACGUUAGUUUGUCUUAUAAGUUACUAUUAAUGACAUACUUUAUUCGAAUUUAUCUUUUAUUUAAAAAUGCUGUUAAAAAAUAUUCAGUAGUUCGAAUAAAUUCUCUUUAAAAAUGUCCUAUAAGAAUAACAGUAAAGAAAUUGUCUUCAAGGAAAUGAAAUUAAAAUAAUUCUCUUAAACAUUUUCUUGUAGGAUCAUAUUUGUAUUUCACAAAAACAACAAUGUUCAUACCAAAGCCAAAGUGAAGCCGCCAAGACUAGAUGGACACAGGAUCGGUGUUUUCUCCACCAGGUCUCCAUACAGACCCAAUAAUAUUGGCCUCUCACUGGCCAAGAUCGACAGCGUUCAAGGUGGGAAGAAAAUCUCAGAUAAAUAAUUUAAUUUUAAGAUAUAGCUUCCCUUACUUUCCUACUGUCCUAAUCUCAUGCUGCAGUAUGCACCACUGUUAAAAAAACUGUUUAAAAGCAGCUGUCCCUCGAAUCACAGGUAUCUUGUGUUUCAAGGAAGGUAUGACAUCACCAGAUGGGAUUCGUUUAAAGUAACUCAUGCUGAAAGUAGGGAUAGAUCUAAAUUUGUUUUAACUUUUCAUCCCCAUAGCCUUAAAGCUCGUUUUCUGGUUCUCAAAAACUGGUCCAUUUUUAUGGCAGACCCUGUUACCAGUGAGAUUUUUAAAAAAACUAUUUUUGCUUUCCCGAGGGACAAGAGCCUUAAGAACAUGCUUGUUAGAAGCCAUCUUCCUGCUAUUAAAGCGCAUAUGGGAACCAAUCGUUGCAACUGUAGCCGCUGUAACACAUGUCACUACAUGAUCAAAUUUGACAAGAUCACUUUCCCUUUGGAAUCAUUCAGAAUCAAAGAUGGUUUUACUUGCACGAGUCACAACAUGAUUUAAACCAUCCUUUGUAAAAAGUGAGGUAAAUAUAUAUGUAGGAGAGACAGGUCGUCACCUUAGAGACAGUUUUAGAGAACACCAUUAUAACAUAAAUAAAUAAAGCCUUUUGUCCAAUUUCCAAACAUUUCAAUAGUACUAACAUAAUGGAAUUUUAGACAUUGCCGUUUCUGGUAUUUUGUGUUACAAGGUAGGGCCAUUUUCUUUACGUACCCCAUUAACCUAUCCGUAUCAGUUUACCACCUUCCAGGAAAGGUGAUAUGUCUUUAUCCAAACAAUGGCCCGACCUGCAUCUACCAAGGACAUUAACCUGCAUUUAAAGUCAAGCAAGCGAAAUGAAUGAGUAUAAAUUAAGUAUAAAUACUUGGUGUAUCCCCCUACAGUGGGAGAGAGACGAGAUGAGCAUAUCAAUGCAUGACCAAUGCAUUGGCUAAGUACUAGAUAGGGUCAUUCAAUAGUUAGCAGAAAUAAUAAUUCCAGGAACCUAGAGUUGUGAUAGCAUUGUUUAUAUUACUGUGAGAUUUUAGAUAUUCUUAGUGUUAGACCUGUAUUCAUUUCUUUAUAUUUAGAUUUUAUGUAUCUUUGUUCACAUAAAGUACAUAAAGUUGUAAUAAAGUACAUUUAUAUAGAGCACUGAUUGUCUUUAUUUUAGCCAAUAGUGUGUCUAAAAUCUACCUUUCUCCACUCACUUCCUUUCUGCACUCACUUCCUUUCUGCACUCACUUCCUUUCUGCACUCACUUCCUUUCUCCACUCACUUCCUUUCUGCACUCACUUCCUUUCUCCACUCACUUCCUUUCUGCACUCACUUCCUUUCUGCACUCACUUCCUUUCUGCACUCACUUCCUUUCUGCACUCACUUCCUUUCUGCACUCACUUCCUUUCUCCACUCACUUCCUUUCUCCACUCACUUCCUUUCUCCACUCACUUCCUUUCUCCACUCACUUCCUUUCUGCACUCACUUCCUUUCUCCACUCACUUCCUUUGUCCACUCACUUCCUUUCUGCACUCACUUCCUUUCUCCACUCACUUCCUUUCUGCACUCCCUUUCUGCACUCACUUCCUUUCUCCACUCACUUCCUUUCUCCACUCACUUCCUUUCUCCACUCACUUCCUUUCUGCACUCACUUCCUUUCUGCACUCACUUCCUUUCUCCACUCACUUCCUUUCUGCACUCACUUCCUUUCUCUGCACUCACUUCCUUUCUGCACUCACUUCCUUUCUCCACUCACUUCCUUUCUCCACUCACUUCCUUUCUCCACUCACUUCCUUUCUGCACUCACUUCCUUUCUGCACUCACUUCCUUUCUCCACUCACUUCCUUUCUCCACUCACUUCCUUUCUCCACUCACUUCCUUUCUGCACUCACUUCCUUUCUCCACUCACUUCCUUUCUCCACUCACUUCCUUUCUCCACUCACUUCCUUUCUCCACUCACUUCCUUUCUGUUCUUCUGAGUUUUGUUUUUGUCAGGGUUUUGCGCCCACUCGUCUUCUUGGCUUGUCUCAAUCAGUUGGGGCCCACUCGUCUUCUUGGCUUGUCUCAAUCAGUUGGCGCCCACUCGUCUUCUUGGCUUGUCUCAAUCAGUUGGGGCCCACUCGUCUUCUUGGCUUGUCUCAAUCAGUUGGCGCCCACUCGUCUUCUUGGCUUGUCUCAAUCAGUUGGCGCCCACUCGUCUUCUUGGCUUGUCUCAAUCAGUUGGUGCCCACUCGUCUUCUUGGCUUGUCUCAAUCAGUUGGCGCCCACUCGUCUUCUUGGCUUGUCUCAAUCAGUUGGCGCCCACUCGUCUUCUUGGCUUGUCUCAAUCAGUUGGCGCCCACUCGUCUUCUUGGCUUGUCUCAAUCAGUUGGCGCCCACUCGUCUUCUUGGCUUGUUUUAAUCAGUUGCUUGAGGAAUUAUUGAAAACAAAAUGCAUUUGUAUAAGUUAAAUAAUGUGGAUGACAAAUCUCACCCACUACAUCACUGUUACUUUCGCUCAGGACAAAUUUUUUUCCUCAAAGUAAGAUCCAAAAGAUAUAGAAUAGAAGUUGCUUUUUUCCCUACACUGUCAGACUUUACCAGCAUGCCCUCCUCUCCAGCUUUCCACCCAGCUUUUAUAAAAUCACCUUAUUACUCUUAUAGUCAACAGUGUCAUUAAGGAAGUAAAGUUUUAUGAUUUAUGAUGGCUGAAGUGAAGUUUAUGAUGUGUGAUUGCUGAUGUGAAGUCUAUGAUGUAUGAUGGCUGAAGUGAAUUUUAUUAUGAAUGAUGGCUGAAGUGAAGUUUAUGAUGUAUGAUGGCUGAAGGGAAGUUUGUGAUGUAUGAUGGCUGAAGUGAAUUUUAUGAUGCAUGAUGGCUGAAGUUUAUGAUGUAUGAUGGCUGAAGUGAAGUUUAGGAUGUGUGAUGGCUGAAGUGAAUUUUAGGAUGCAUGUUGGUUGAAGUGAAGUUUAUGAUGUAUGAUGGCCAUUUUUCGCUCUUGAGAAUUACUUUAAAGUGUCUUCUGUUUAAAAUAUUUUAGAGUUAUCUUUAUCUGAAUUUUUAUACAUGUGCUGACAAUGAAUAUGUACAAUGUAAUCAAAAUACGUUCCAUUUAUUUUGUUUUUAUCUGAUCAGAUAUUUGGUUUGUGUGACGUACACACAAUGUCAUGUUCUGAUCUUAGAGCUAAUGUCAGUGAAUUCUCUUGAUAGUGUUUUUAAAAUCUUUUUUCUUACUCCUAUCCAAACCACCAUUUUCGCUCCAUAUUAAAAUUAUUCUCAUUGCAUAUUUGGGACAUCUUUCCCUAGGUUGUUCCGUCCAUUUCUCUGGGAUUGAUUUGUUGGAUGGUACCCCCGUACUAGACAUCAAGCCUUAUAUUCCUGACUAUGACAAACCCAAGGAUUCUUUCAGUUUGAUUCAUUCCGGAGAAAUGAAAGACGUGUUAGCAGCUGGUAAUGAAAUCAAAUCAAAAGUGGAUAAUACAGAUAUUUCAAAACAUGCUUCCCCCAAAGUCCAAGAGAUCACCUUUAAUGCAGCAGAUGAUGAUGAUGUUAGUACGGCAGUUAACAAAUAUUGUUUAGAUUUCAAUAUCAAAGAUGAUUUGGUUCAACAAAUUGUGAAUGACAGCAGCAAACAACAUUUGACUGACAGCAGCAUGCUACAUGUUACUGACAGCAGCAUACAACAUAUUACUGACAGCAGCAUACAUAUUACUGACAGCAGCAGGCAACAUGUUACUGACAGCAGCAGGCAAAAUGUGAUUGACAGUGAUAUAAAAAGCUUUAAUGUCCGAGGCAUUGUAGACAAGCAGGAUACAAUCAGUUCUGAAAAGAAAGCAUUUUCUGAACAAAAAAGGUCAUCACGUGACCUGAGACGAAGUGGCAGGGGUUCAGGGGAAGCAACACAUAAAACGAAUACUGAAACAUUUUCAUCAUUUGUUGCCCCUUGGUUGUUGAAUCCACCCGUAGUUAAACUCGGCAUCACAUUCACAUGCGAAGCCUUGGAUCAGUUGAACAAGUUCAGUCAACAGUCUUCAGAUCCUGACUACAGGCUGCACAUGUUCAAUCAUGCGGAUGAGGCCAAGAGGUCCAUUGCGGAAAUCAUCCAAGAAGAUCCCCGGUCGGUGUACAGACGUCAGCACUGCCAGGACAGUUUGUACUAUUUUAACAUAGAUGUGCUGCACGUGACCUGCUGGUUUGAUGACGGCAAGGCCCAGGUCAUUCGAGUUAAGCCGGUGACUUUGGUGCCUAAGCUAACACAGAUGUCCGCCGAUGCAAAGUUCCAGGUUCAAGGACAUUAAGACGGAUCAUGGAAACGACAUUAUGGAAGCCGAAAGGAAAGACCAGGCAGACAUUUGUCGUUUAAAUUUUUAAAUGUGUAAAUAUGCUAAAAAUGAAUGGUAACUUUAUGUUAAGUC